AUGGACAAGUUUAACGUCACCAAGCCCAUUCGAGAUCUUAAUAGUCCCAUAAUCACUCAGUUCUUCCCCACCCUCUUGCUGUGGACCUUCUCUGCUCUGCUGCCCACUGUAGUGUACUAUUCCACUAUAGGAGAGGCCCACUGGAGCAGGUCCAGUGAGCAGUUGAGCAUGAUGAGGAAGCUCUAUUUUUUCCUGCUUUUUAUGGUGCUUAUACUGCCAUCACUUGGACUAACAAGCCUUGCUGUUUUCUUCAGAUGGCUUUUUGAUAUAAAUUUUCUUUCUGAUGUGGGGCUCAAUGGAAAAUUAAGAUUUGAAUGCGUGUUCCUCCCAGACCAAGGAGCUUUCUUCGUUAAUUACGUCAUCACCGCGGGUCUGGUGGGCUCUGGAAUGGAGCUGUUACGGUUACCAGGGUUACUGCUGUACACAAUCCGUCUGAUUUUUGCCCGUUCUGCCGCUGAAAGGAAAUACGUGAAAGAGAACCAAGCAUAUGAGUUUGAGUAUGGGGCAAUGUACGGCUGGAGCCUCUGCGUUUUCACUGUUAUAAUGGCCUACAGCAUCAUAUGUCCUAUUAUUGUGCCUUUUGGCCUUCUGUACAUGUUGCUGAAGCACUUGGUGGACAAACACAACUUGUACUUUGCCUACCUCCCCGCCAGCCUGGACAAGAGGGUGCACGUGGGAGCUGUCAAUCAGGCCAUGGCAGCCCCCAUCAUCUGCCUCAUUUGGCUCUACCUAUUCUCUGUGCUCAGGACCGGUUUUUUUGCGGAUACGUCACUUUUCACUCUCGUUGUGCUGUGUUUCACCAUCGGCAUUUGUCUCAGCUACACCUGCUUUGGCGUUUUGAAGUACCUCAGUCCACACAACUAUAAGGUCACAGAGGAGGACGAUGAUGCGGUGGAAGGAGUGGAAGACAAGACUAUGGUUUACCUUCCCAGAGUGCUCAAUACUAAAUCUCCAGCCCAGCCCCAGCACGAGGGGGCAUCUCCACAUUUUUAUGGCUCUACAGAGGACAGUCCUGCCUAUGACACAAGCGCAGUGGAGGACAAUGCUUCGGACACAUGA